CAGAAUACGCUUAGAAGUAAAACAAAAAACAUGUCCGGGUUCCUGCUGCGAUCACAUGAUCUCGGUCCGCCUAUGGACUGGAAGGAGACCUCUGAAGCCCACAUCUUCAAGUUCGAUCUUCCCAGCCUCACGAAGGAAGAUGUAAAGCUCCAAGUUCACGAUGAUAGAGUGCUGCAUGUCAGCGCUGCAGCUGCUGUCAGUGGGGAUGAUCUAGACAAACAGUGUAAAUGGCACUGUAGAGAGCGUCUCGAUAACAGGAGCUUUUGCUGGGAAUUUAGGUUGCCUGAAAAUGCUAAUGUGGAUGAGAUAAAAGCGUCGAUGAGCAAUGGUGUGUUGGUGGUGGAGGUGUCUAAAGAUCUCACCAAGAAGAAGAAGCGUGCAACUAAGUAUGCAGUUGAAAUUGGAGAGAAUUCCGUUGCUCCCAAAGGGCUCUCCCGCUUUGUCUGCUGCAAAGCUUAAUUGCUCUUUUGGAAAAUCGAUUGUCUGAUUUAUGUUUCAUUGUAUCUAAUGUAAAUCAAUCGACUGAUUUAUGUUUCAAUAUGGUGUAAAAUUGUUUGGCCUCUUUUUUCCUUUUUUUGAGUGAAGUUUUAUACUACAAUUGUAUGUGAUUGAGAAUUAAGCCUAGCUAUGAAGCAGUGUGACAUUAAAAUUGCAAUAAAAAAACGUAUGUUUGCAAG